GGGCGCCGCGUCCAACCGCCGCCUCCCCCGGGGACAGGGAUUGGGAGGCUGACGGGAAAACAUGGCAGCUUCCUUUUGUUGGUGGGGAUUUACUGCACUCCGAGGAGGGAUUUAAAUCACAUCCCUUCGGGUGGAUAGAGCGAUCUGAGUCGGUUUCCCCGCACCGUCUGUCCUCAAAACUCUCGAAGCAGGGGGAACAUGGAGAAGAGCGGCAGCGUGGACAGUUUGGGCUCGAAGCGCUCCUCCUCCCGACAGCCGAGCGUCGACUCAUUGUCCAGUACUUCCACUUCUCGCUCGGACCGGUCCGCGCAGGCCAAGCCGCCCUUCGCGAUGUCCGCCGAGUCCGUGGCCACCUCCGCAGAGCUCUCCCCGGAGUUCAGGGUGAAGCCCAAGACUGAAGCCAAGGUGUUCAGAGAUUCAGGCAAAGAAGAGCCACAGUUACUUCCAAAUGAAGCUGUGCAAGACAUGGCCCAAGAUGUGACUUAUUUCUGUCCUUUCAUUGGAGCACUGAGGGGAACAGUGUUAGUUACCAACUACAGACUUUUCUUCAGAUGCAUGGACAGGGAGCCAGCAUUCGUGCUGGACCUUCCCCUCGGGGUGGUGAGUCGCGUGGAAAAGAUUGGAGGUGCAUCGAACAGGGGGGACGUGUCCUACGGAUUGGUUUGUAAGGAUAUGCGUAAUCUACGCUUUGCACACAAGCAAAUGGAGGACACUCUCAGGAAGUCCAUUUUUGAAGUGCUGGUCAAAUUUGCGUUUCCUGUUUCCAACGGGCUGCAAAUAUACGCCUUUGAAUACGGGCAAGUCUUCCCUGAGAACGGAUGGAAGGUGUACGACGCUCUCUCGGAAUACAAAAGACAGGGUAUACCCAAUGAAAGCUGGAGGAUAACAAAAGUAAACGACCACUAUGAGGUUUGCGACACAUACCCGUCCACUCUGGCGGUGCCUGUCAACAUACCGGACGAAGAGCUCAAGAGAGUUGCUGCCUUUCGAGCAAAGGGAAGGAUACCAGUGUUGUCAUGGAUCCAUCCAGAGAGCCAGGCGACGGUGACGCGCUGCAGCCAGCCCAUGGUUGGGGUAAACGGGAAGCGCAGCAAAGAGGACGAGAAAUACCUGCAGGCGAUCAUGGACGCUAAUGCUCAGUCCCAUAAACUCUUCAUCUUUGAUGCGAGGCCCAGCGUCAACGCCGCUGCAAACAAGAUGAAAGGCGGCGGUUAUGAAAGCGAGGACGCGUAUCAGAAUGCCGAGCUGGUGUUCUUGGACAUUCACAAUAUACACGUGAUGAGAGAGUCCCUCCGAAAGCUGAAGGACGUGGUCUACCCCAACAUCGAGGACUCCCACUGGCUCUCCAAUCUGGAGUCCACCCAUUGGCUCGAGCACAUCAAGCUGAUCCUGGCAGGAGCGCUGCGGAUCGCGGACAAGGUGGAGUCUGGGAAAACCUCCGUGGUGGUGCACUGCAGCGACGGCUGGGACCGCACCGGCCAGCUCACCUCCCUGGCCAUGCUGAUGCUGGACGGUUACUACCGCACCAUCCGCGGCUUCGAGGUGCUGCUGGAGAAGGAGUGGCUGAGCUUUGGUCACCGCUUCCAGCUGCGUCUCGGUCACGGCGACAAGAACCACACGGACGCAGACCGCUCGCCUGUUUUUAUCCAGUUCAUCGACUGCGUCUGGCAGUUGACUCGCCAGUUUCCUGCAGCGUUUGAGUUUAACGAAUACUUUCUGGUAACCAUCCUGGACCACCUCUACAGCUGCCUGUUUGGCACCUUCCUGUGCAACAGCGAACAGCAGAGGUUGAAGGAGGAGAUUCCCAAGAGGACGGUGUCGUUGUGGUCGUAUGUGAAUAGCCAGCUGGAGGAGUUUACCAAUCCUAUGUAUGUGAACUACUCCAACCAUGUGCUGUUCCCUGUAGUCAGCCUACGUCACCUGGAGCUCUGGGUUGGCUACUACAUCCGCUGGAACCCUCGCAUGAGGCCUCAGGAACCCGUUCAUCAGCGCCACAAGGAGCUGCUGGCGAAGCGGGCGGAGCUGCAAAAGAGGGUGGACGAGUUGCAGCGCGAAGUGACAAACCGCUCGGCCUCUUCUUCCUCUGAGCGCGCGGGCUCGCCCACGCGCUCCAUCACCCCCGUGCAAACCUUUGUUUGACACAACUUUGACAGCGCAGCGGUCACUCGCACUGCAGCCCUAAAUCAUCUGGCCCAACGCGGCGCCGCAAAGGAGCCGUGCGGCAAACCGGGCGUUAACACAGAACCACGAGUGUCUGAUGAGUUUCCACCUCUAACAGGUCGUGCGGAGUCUGCUUGCAACAGUAGCGCGUCGGUCUCUCCUUUACUACAGCCAUAUUGUACUCUUCCUCCGGGGUCGAGAGGGCAUGUAACCAGAAUAGCGAGAACAUAACCACCUACAAUCAGUUUUGAAUUUUUGGAGCACACUAAAAUAUUGCUCUGUUAAAAUACGCACGCCUUGUACACUUCAUAGGGACUCAACUUAAUUUCUCUACACUGCAAAUGUUUGGAAAAUGAAAGCAGUGCGGAUGAAGCAAUUGUGAAGAUGUACAAUCGCUGCAAAAAUGAUUUUGAGCUUUAGUACUAUACAACUAAAUGGCUCAGAGUUGUUAAAUAUUGUUUAAUGUAGCUCAAGGGCAGCAAUACUAGCUUCUUCUCAAGUCAGUGCUUUUAGAUUGUUGUGACCAAAUAUUCAUGUUUCACAUAUGACAUUCCUCUGUUUUGUUUUUCUAACUAGAUAUUUAUUAUCCUUUCCAAACUGUAUUUAUGGUUUACAGACACACACGCGGUCUCAUGUCAUACAUUGGUUAGAGACGGUACCAUGCAAGAUUAAUAAGCUACGCGGAAUAUGCAACAGUUAAUUUCUUCGAGUUAAUAGUCAGCUACUUAGUUAUGCUUUUUAAACCUAGUAGACAAGUAGUUUAUAGGCAGCAGAAUGUGUAACAACUAAUAAUUUGAUUGGUGGUUUUCAUAUUUUAAUGAAGAACUGUGCCUUGAUCUGAAUGACUGAGUGGGAGAAUCAAAAGAGAAGAGAGUGUGAGCUUUUGAAAUGCCAAUAGAAAACAAUACAUUUUUGCUUGGCCAUGUGAAUACUUCCAAUAAAAACAACUCCAUUUCAAGGAGUUUUUAUGAUUUGUUACAUUAGUGGAGCGUGAACACAAGCCAUUCCAGUUUAUUCCUUGCCUUCACCUAUUAGUGUUUCAAAUUAUAGCCUAGCCCAGAUUACAUUAAUUAUAUAUUGUUAUGAUUAUGGUCUUUCCACAAAAUAUAUGAAAAAUAAAUGUUUUUAUGAAUUCUGACA